AUGGGUUGUAAUUGUUGUAAAUAUUUUAGCAGAAAAUUGAAUAAUGAUGAAGACGGUAAAAAAAUUAAGGCAUAUUCAUGGGACAACAGAGAUUUAGUUGAAAUAGAAAAUUUCAUGGUACAGAACAUUGAAAAUGAGACCAUAAUACGUCACCCUGGGACUAUAAACGGCCAGCAAUUUAUCAUUCAAAACUGCAAAAACUGUAAAGUUUUCGUAAUGGAUCACACAGCAGCUGUUAACAUUGAUGACUGUUUGAACUGUUCAAUUUUCUUAGGGCCGAUCAAAACCAGCUUAUUCAUAAGAGACAGCAAUGAUUGCAAACUGAUGGCUGCCUGCCAGCAGUUCAGAUCAAGAGAUUGUAAGAGAAUAGAUACCUACCUACACUGUACCACGUUGCCAAUCAUUGAAGCUUCUACGAAUAUGAGAUUUUCAUGUUAUCAGUGUUACUAUCCUGAGUUACCAGAUCAAUUUGUAAGUUGCAAUCUGAACGUCUUCAACAACAAUUGGGACAGCAUUCACGAUUUUACGCCCGUCCCUGGCGAGAAGAAUUACUCUUUCUUACCGUUUGACGAUAGAUUUUCAACGGAAAUCCCAGAAGUUGGAACGGCAAGCGUGAUAACAGCCGACUCUCUGCUAAGCGUUGUGCCGUUAACGUACGGCUCUAGGCCUAAAAAAUACGACGAAUCAUGCUUCGUGGUGUUCUUUAUAGAACCCUAUCAAAGAGAACGAGUUCUGACGUUCUUGAGAUACAUCCUAGACGUUAGUGAUCAAAUUUGUUAA